UCAGGCUUUUCUUGAACGAUACCAACAUGAGCGGAAGAGGAAAAGGAGGCAAAGGUCUCGGUAAAGGAGGCGCCAAGCGGCACCGUAAAGUUCUCCGCGAUAACAUCCAGGGAAUCACCAAGCCCGCUAUCCGCCGUCUGGCUCGCCGCGGGGGAGUCAAGCGGAUCUCCGGUCUCAUCUACGAGGAGACCCGCGGUGUGCUCAAGGUCUUCCUGGAGAACGUCAUCCGUGACGCCGUCACGUACACCGAGCACGCCAAGAGGAAGACCGUCACCGCCAUGGACGUGGUGUACGCUCUGAAGAGGCAGGGCCGCACUCUGUACGGCUUCGGGGGUUAAACUGAUUCUUUACAUAAAUAAAACAAAAC